UGCUUGUCACCCCGGAUCCCCCACCUAACUGUUAAAUGUAUCCCUUGUAGCGCAUGACCCAUGCCACUAUCUCCUUCGGUUCGGUGUCCUUCUGGUUUAGAAUCUCCCGAAAAACUUUCCAAACCCACUAACGUUCGAGUCUUUAAUCUUUCUCACGGCGCGGUUCAAAUGUCCGCUGUACUCCAUAGGCCCUUCCUCUCGCAACAAGUCUAGUUGACUCAUGAUAUCCUUCCGAAGCCUCGCAUUGAUGCGAACACGUUCAGCUUUCCCUUUUGCCGAGAUCUCGUUGAGUUUGGAGUUUGCGAAUGCCAAUCCGAUACGCUCAUUCAGAUCUUGCUCGUCUGCGUCGGGGCUGCUCCCUUCAAUUUGGUCCUUUGUAUCAUUUUUCCGGGGAGAGUCUGGGGCCGGAUCGGUGGGAAACGCAGCCUCCAUGCGUGAGAACUCCGUAAGAGCUGCUUUCAGCUCCAAAUCUUCAUCCUCACUAUUGGUGGUCUCGCCACGGCUUCCCAGUGAUGACAAAGGGGAAUAAUAGGUAUCUGAAGCCCAACGAACAACCUUCUCUCCACUUUUGACGCUUGGCACUGUGUCUCCUGGGUUGAAACUCUUGUCAGGAUCGGGCUUGAUGCUGGCAUUUGGGUGAAGCGUCAAGUCCACGUCGGAUGAUGUGUCCACGUCUUGAUAACUCAGAUCAUCCAUUGACUUUGCGCCUCGAACUGUAGUACCGGCGCUGCGGCGUCCUUUGCCCAGCCAGUGAUGCUCUGUAGGGUAUUCGAAGGUGUAGGUAGCAGCUCUAUUCUUUCUGCGAUCAGCCUUCCACUCUCGGAGCAUCGCAAGAUGACUACGAGCAAAAGAGGAUUUAGGCCGAUCAUGCUUGAAGUUAUGGUUGUCGGUAUCACCAGCGUUGCUCAUGGAGAGAUGUGGCACAUUGCUAAC